AUGGACUCGGAAUCCGCCGCCUUGCAUUUCAUCUCCCCCGGGGCCCUGUCGAAUGAGAGCGUCUUUGACGAAUAUGCUGCAGACCCGCGAUUCCAACGGCUGCAGACAGAGCUGCGAUCGUGGCUGUUCGUGGGGGCGCGGAGCGGUGGCACGACCAGAGCGCACAGUCUGACUGCGGAGGAAGAAGACGCACUGACGGACCGGACGAAGCCAGGCCACCACUACUUCGGCGAACAGGUCUUCAACUCUGCUCAGGAAAUCCCAGUGGAGAGAAAACUGAAGUACCUCAAGGUUUGGAUCACCGACUGCGCGCCAUGGCUGGAUAUGUUCGAUCAAGAGCGGCAUUUUGGUCUACAGGUGCCCAUUCUCGCCCAAGGCUCCUCCGCCGUCUUCCACGCUCUCCUCGCGGUUGGAGCAAGGACCGCAGAACGACAAGGUAACAUAGCGGGCUUCCGCGACAGCCUCGGACUCUACUCUCAGGCGAUCGCUUCGUUGACAUCCUCCUUGAACACCAAAGAACCGAACGUGGUUGUGGCUGCCUGUCUUCUUUGCGUUUUGGAGAUGAUGAGCGUCAGUCCCCGUGACUGGAGGAAACACGUUGAAGGCUGUGCGGCUUUGUUUGUCGCCUCGGGCAUCAAUGGUUUCUCCGGGGGUCUUCUCCAAGCCGUUUUCUGGUGCUAUGCUCGGAUGGAUCUCUGUGGUGCGAUCAUUGCAGACGGAGCCGAAAGCACCGUUAUGCCCAUUGAUAAAUGGGCCUUACUGUCAACAAUUCCUGCUUCGCGUCCAGACAUGCUACAUGAGAUCAAAGCUAUCUUCCGGGAACAAGGUCUACGAGUGCCUGACAUGUAUGCGAACUACGCUGUGUACCUGUGCGCGAGGACCUGUGACCUGCUGUCCCGCCACAUCCGCUGCGUCGAGCUUGGUGAGGAAAACGGAUGCACCGGAGAAUCGUUUGAAGGCGAAUGGAACGAUGUCUGGACAGACUUACAGGAGUGGUUGUCAGAAAGACCACAGGCAAUGCUGCCCGUGGACAUUGAGGCGGCCAGCGCAGAAAAAGCACCAUUCCCACAUAUCUUCUUUGCGCACUGGGCUGCCAUAUCCAGUAACCAACUCUACCACACCGCAUGCAUUCUCUUACUCGACAUCAAGCCAACCACCGAGACCGAGAUCUAUCGAGGUACCUACUACUCGCGUUUAUGGCAUGCCCGAAGGAUCGUUGGCAUAUCGUUGACCAAUCCUCAUGCGGGGUGUAUCAACAACGCGAUUCAGCCAUUAUACGUCGCAGGGAAGCUUUUCACGCACCCCGACGAACAGAAUAUCAUCGUCAACUUGAUCGACUCAAUCGAAGCUCGAACCGGUUGGGGUUCCCGGUGGAGGAUCAAAGACCUCAAGGCUGCAUGGGGUUAUCCACGCGGAGCGUGA